GCUCAAUUGCACAGCAGGCAAGACUCAUCCCAUGGAACGUGAAUGAAGCAGUCGGUCCCAAGUUCAGAGACGGCUCGCUCUCGAAGACAGGCUCCAUAUGAUUACUAUACACUCUAAUCAAGCGCUUCCUAUUUCUGGAAAAGUUGACAACCCAGCCGGAGAGACUCCAUGCGAUGGAAGGUGGAUCGUUGUAGAUGAUCUGGUCCUCUGUAGAUUGCCCCCCCUGCCUAUAUGCAGGAUUCUCCUUUAACAUAAAAUCCUUGUUGCACUUACCUAAACUGAUUCUAGAGAGGAGAGUGAAUCUAUGGUCCCCAAAUCCAAAGGAAACAAUUUCAUUUUCCUUUUUGUUCCAUACAAUGAAGCUUGCCUCAGUGAAGCUCCACUCAAUGGCCUUAAUGUCAAGAUCAGUCUCAAGGUAAG